UUUACAACGUUUCAGACCAUGUUCGGCAAAUCCGAAACUUUUUGAUAAACAGCGACUUUACUAUAUAAGUCCUUCGAUCAGCGAAAGUUCUAACUUGCGAUUGUUAACUAGAACGCAAUGGCAUCGUACACACUUCUUCUGACGAUGUUCGUCUUUCUCCUUUGCGUAUGCGCCACGUCUGCUCAAUUGGGAAUGGGCAUGGGUAUGUAUCCGGGUAUGAUGGGAAUGGGCUACGGCGGCUAUGGAAUGGGCUAUGGUAGAAGACGACAUCAUCGCAGACGUAUGGGUUACGGAAUGGGCUACGGAGGCUACUGGUAGCAAAACUUUAUGCCGUCAAUAUAAUUGUUCGAAUC